AUGCAAAAACUGGAUGUUGACCCCCUCACAGAUAUAGUUAUUUGCUGUGGGCAGUCCGAGGCAUUCGCGGCUACCAUCUUUGCAAUAGUUGAGCAGGGGGAUGAGGUGAUACUAUUUGAUCCUUCAUAUGAAACAUAUGAAACGUGUAUUAGGCUGGCUGGAGGAGUCCCGGUAUAUGUAGCUCUUGAUCCGCCUAAUUGGACGUUGAAUCUUGAUAAACUAAAGAAGUCUUUUACUACAAAGACAAAAGCUGUAGUUUUGAAUAGGUAUAGUUCUUUCAUUUCUGCUGUGAUUGAGGCUGGUAGUAUUUCCCUUCUUUUCCAACUGCUUAACAUUGCUGAGCUUGAGAUUAAAAAAGAGGCUGCCUGGACAAUUUCAAAUACAGUAGCUGGGGGAACUAGUGAGCAAAUCAAGUUCUUAGUUCAUGAGGUUUGCAUUAAGCAAUUUCUUUUAUGCUGGGAUCCGUUGACAAUUACUAAACACUGCCUGGUGCAGGAUAGACUGAUGGAGCAACCUGCUUUUGCCAUCCAUGAGACAACAGUGGCAGCAUCUUUAUUGUUAUCUCGCUUACAGUUGCAUUUGUAUGUGCAUGUGCAGCAGCACAUGUUCAAAUCCAAAACGAAUCUCCAUGCCAAUGCUUAUUCUUCCAACCCACACCAGCCCCGUCCCCAAUCUACCCCACCUACUUUACCUCGAUUCUGUCUAUAA